CGUCGACUACAGGCUCACAGAAACUACUACACCUUAGAGAAGCCUAGGACUCAGAAGGCAUUGUGACACAAUUUGGGCACUUCCAUUGUGGCGACAUCGCCAGUGUCAUUGGAGCCUCGGGACACACCAAGCAGGGCGAGCUCCCGGUCAUCCACUCAGAGAUGAUUUUCCUUUCCCCGAAUCUCCAUCAGCUGCCGUCAGGCCGUUUCGACCUCAAAGACCAGAAUCCCGCCUGAACCUCGCCCUCGGCCGGGGCACCGUGACAAGGCGCAUUUUCAUCUGCCGGAGCCGGAUUGCCGACUACCUCCGCCGGUUCUUCAACACCCCCGGCUUUCCAGAGGUCGACACGCCGAUGAUGAGCACGACUGCUGGCGGGUCGAUUGCGGAGCCGUUCGUGACGCGCUACAAUGACCUCGACUUCGACCUGUACCAUUAUUAUUGCUCUCCGGGCUCUAUCUCAAACAACGCUGCGGCGGCGGCCGAUCUCGACCGGGUGUACGAGAUUGAAAGUGUGUGAGGAACGAGGGCAUUGCCCUGGCGCACAACUCCGAGUUCUUGAUGUGCGAGUUUUACCUUGGUAUGAGUGCGACAUCUGCGACAUCAUCGAGAGCCUCGUCAAGGGGCUUAUGGAGUGCCUAACAGGCGAUGAUGUUCCGCCCCGAGGGCAGGGAUAACGAGAAGAUGUACGAGCUGGAGACUUGAAGCGGUCGUGGCAGUGGUACGACAUGAUCUCGACAGUGGAAGAGAAGCUCGGGGUGAAGAUUCCGGCGGGGAGGCACAACACGCGGAAGAAGCAAACAAGUUCCUGCGCGAGAUGUGCAAGAAGGUCUGUUAUGUUUUUCUCACC